AUGUUAAUCGUCAUCACCAAAAAAGCAAACAUGUUAUCAUUAUCAAUCAAGAAAUUAACAUCAAAUACUUUUCAAUCAUCUGUAAAGUAUGGUACUUUUGUUAGAAAUUAUCAAAAGAUCAAGGUUACAGGACCAGUAGUUGAAAUGGAUGGUGAUGAAAUGACUAGAAUCAUUUGGGAUAUGAUCAAGAAAAAGUUGGUCUUUCCAUUCCUCGACGUCAAGCCAUUAUAUUUUGAUCUUGGUCUUCCACAUCGUGAUGCUACCAAUGAUCAAGUUACCAUUGAUGCUGCCAAUGCCAUCAAGGAAGCCAAAGUUGGUAUUAAAUGUGCUACCAUUACUCCUGAUGAAGCUAGAGUUGAAGAAUUUAAAUUAAAGGAAAUGUGGAAAUCACCAAAUGGUACUAUUCGUAAUAUUCUUGGUGGUACUGUAUUCCGUGAACCAAUUGUUUGUACAAACAUUCCAAGAUUAGUUCCACGUUGGAAUAAACCAAUUAUUAUUGGUAGACAUGCUUUUGGUGAUCAAUACAAGGCAACAGACUUUUUAGUUGAAGAAGCAGGUAAAUUGGAAAUGGUAUUCACACCAAAGAAUGGAGGAUCUGCUUCAAAGAGAACAGUAUUUGAAUUUAAGGAUGCUGGUGUUGCCAUGGGUAUGUACAACACUGACAAGUCCAUUACUGAAUUCGCACACAGUUGCUUUGCCUAUGCUUUGGAUAGAAAGCUCCCACUUUACUUGUCAACCAAGAACACUAUUUUGAAAAAGUAUGAUGGUCGUUUCAAGGACAUCUUUGAACAAUUGUACCAAGAGAAAUAUAAAAAGGAAAUGGAAAAAAAGGAAAAAGAAAGAGGAGAGGGAGAAAAAGGAGAAAAGAUGCAAUACGAACAUCGUCUCAUAGAUGACAUGGUCGCCUAUGCCAUCAAGAGUAAUGGUGGAUACGUAUGGGCCUGCAAAAACUAUGAUGGUGAUGUCCAGUCGGAUAUUGUUGCCCAAGGUUUUGGUUCUUUGGGUCUCAUGACAUCGGUCCUUGUCGCACCAGCCGAUGGUAUUGUUGAAAGUGAAGCUGCUCACGGUACUGUCACUCGUCACUACCGUCAACACCAAAAGGGUCAAGAGACUAGCACCAACUCGGUUGCCUCCAUCUUUGCCUGGACCCGUGGUCUUGCUCACCGUGCCAAGUUGGACAAGAAUGCCGAUUUGCUCAAAUUCACAGACACACUUGAAAAGGCUUGUAUCCAAACCAUCGAGAAUGGUUUCAUGACCAAGGAUCUUGCUCUUUGCAUCUAUGACGACAAGCAACUCACUCGUGAUAAAUAUUUGAAUACCGAACAAUUCAUUGACAAGGUUGCUGAAACUUUAAAGAAAUCAUUGUAA